AUGGCUGCCACGCUCACAGUCUUCAGUCUGAAACGCCAUCUCCAUCUAAAGAAUGAACUCGUGGUCAUGACGGAAAAUCAUUUCGGGGAAACGUUGAACCGGGUUUGGGGAGCGCAUGAAUCAAGCAGAUACAAAACAGUUUUGCCUGGGUGGCUCAUCAUCAAUCAUCAACAAAAAAUCCACUCGGCCUGUGUUGAUUGGGACACAAAGUUCCAAGAACCUCUCGAGGUGGGUAAAGCUUGCGUCUCCGUAUCUGAUAACGACUGCUGCACAUUUCGUGUAAUUCUCAGGGAUCGCAAGACAAAGCCCAUGAUUAUGAGACUUUAUCUUGAUAUCAAGAUCUAUGCCAAGACCAAUCCCCCAAGGCAAGCGCAAGAAGUCCAGCCGCAAACCGGCAGCCCCCAAAAAGAACCCCUCCAAACCACGUUUUCCUGUCUAUUCUGCAACCAUGAGAACUGUGUAAUAGUGAAACUGGAUAAAAAAUUGGGUCUUGGGAAUUUGUCCUGCAAAAUAUGUGGCCAGCGUUUCCAGACUGGCAUCAACUAUCUCUCAGCUGCCGUCGAUGUGUACUCUGAUUGGGUCGAUGCCUGCGAUGCUGUUGCUAAGGACGCCGCUGCUGGGAAUGAUAUCGGUACUACUAUACGUGGAGCAAAUGAGGGAUCCCCAGGACCGGUAGGACGCGGCACUGAAAGGGAGGAACUAGAUCAGGCUGAAGCCGACCUCGAUGAUUAUUGACAACGAAGAAUUGUUUGGCAAUCCACUGCUUCUUACCCAGCUUGCUAAAAUCGCUUUGCGAUUCGGGUACUCAUCCCUUUAAAUUACGUUGAUGAUAGUUCGGCUUACUCUAGCCUGAAGCGUCAUGUUAUAAUAUAGGAUUGAAUUGGGAUUCGGAAAAAUCCGGUAUAUAUAGACUCCGUAGUGUGGAUAUUUUGCGACUGAAAAUAAAAAAUGGUUCAACCAGCUUUGC